CCGCCAGCAACUGGUUCGGUCAAGAUCAAUCAUGACGUCUUACAGUGACAAAGGACAGAAGCCCGAAAGAGGCCGCUUCCUCCACUUCCACUCGGUUACCUUCUGGGUUGGCAAUGCCAAGCAGGCCGCCUCGUUCUAUUGCAGCAAGAUGGGCUUCGAGCCCCUGGCUUACAAGGGUCUGGAGACCGGGUCCCGGGAGGUGGUUAGCCACGUCGUCAAGCAGGGAAAGAUCGUGUUUGUUCUUUGUUCGGCCCUCAACCCCUGGAACAGAGAGAUGGGCGACCACCUAGUGAAACACGGAGACGGCGUGAAAGACAUCGCCUUCGAGGUGGAGGACUGUGACUACAUCGUGCAGAAAGCUCGGGAGCGUGGUGCCAAGGUGGUGCGGGAGCCCUGGGUAGAAGAGGACAAGUUCGGGAAGGUGAAGUUCGCGGUGCUGCAGACGUACGGGGACACCACGCACACGCUGGUAGAGAAGAUCAGCUACACUGGCCGCUUCUUGCCAGGCUUCGAGGCUCCCUUGUUUAUGGACCCCCUCCUGGCCAAGCUGCCCAGCUGCAGCCUGGAGAUCAUCGACCACAUCGUGGGGAACCAGCCGGACCAGGAGAUGCUGUCGGCGUCAGACUGGUACCUCAAGAACCUGCAGUUCCACCGCUUCUGGUCGGUGGACGACACCCAAGUGCACACCGAGUACAGCUCCCUGCGCUCCAUCGUGGUGGCCAACUACGAGGAGUCCAUCAAGAUGCCCAUCAAUGAGCCCGCGCCAGGCAAGAAGAAGUCCCAGAUCCAGGAGUAUGUUGACUACAAUGGCGGGGCCGGGGUGCAGCACAUCGCACUCAAGACCCAAGACAUCAUCACAGCGAUCCGACACCUGAGAGCACGAGGCAUGGAGUUCCUGGCCGUCCCAUCCACCUACUACAAACAGCUCCGUGAGAGGCUCAAGACAGCCAAGAUUCGUGUGAAGGAGAACAUAGACGUGCUGGAGGAGCUGAAAAUCCUGGUGGACUACGACGAGCAGGGCUACCUGCUGCAGAUCUUCACCAAGCCCAUGCAGGACCGGCCCACGCUCUUCCUCGAGGUCAUCCAGCGCAACAACCACCAGGGCUUCGGGGCCGGCAACUUCAACUCGCUGUUCAAGGCCUUCGAGGAGGAGCAGGACCUGCGGGGCAACCUCACCGACCUGGACGCCAACGGGGUAAUGCGUGGCAUGUAGGCGCCGAGCAACUCUUGCAGCCCGCCGAGGCCACGCCCACCUGUCAACUAGGCCACGC